AUGAAAAUCUAUAUCGCAGAUGUUACUGGCAUGGUUUUGGAUAUAAUUGAGACUCGUGACUCAAUGAUCACGAUUACGGUAAAGAAGCAUCUUGCUGAGAAACUAGGGCCCAUCUUCGCCAUGCUACAUCGACUGGAAGGUGUUCCGAAAUCUAGCUCCAUUCCGAACAAGGGGGAGAAGGUGUGUCACAAUCCAAGAAGGAAGACCCCAAAUCUUCAGUCAAGCACACUAUCAAAAGAAAAUUUGAGCCUAAAGGAAAAGAAAAACUUUUCAGUGAAGAACCCAUUGCUGACAACAGCGAAGACGAAGAGCUUGAUGAAAACGAGCUCAAAAGAAGAAAGUCACGAGAGGCUGAAAUGGAUGAACAUCAAAGAAUAA